CUCUGUGUCAGUGGGUCCCAGGACUGAGGGGCGGGGGCUGGGGGGGGGUGGGGAAAGUCGCCGCCGGCAUCUGGAGGCAUCCAGCACAGGUCUACAGUCUGUUGAACCUUUAUGAAUAAAAAGUUCGCAGCAUAAAAUUAUUUCUAACUAUUUGUAGUUUAAGUACAAUGAUGCUAUAGACAGCAGCACACUGGGAAAGAAAAAAGAAUUUACUGAAGGAUGAAUAGUGAAGAAGAGUUCUUUGAUGCCGUUACAGCUCCCAGUGGCCUCAUGGAGAAAACACAUAAGGUGGAGAAUGAUUGCAGAGCAGUGCCUGAAAAUAAUGGCUUUGAUUCUGACAAUUCGUCUGGGGAGUUUUCAGAGACAAAUCAGAAAGUCACAGGAAUGAUUGACUUGGACACUAGCAAAAAUAAAAACAGUACUGAAGAAAAUGAAGAGAAGCCUCCACAAGAGAAUGGAAUCAAGAAACACAGGACAUCAUUGCCUGCCCCAAUGUUUAAUAGAAGUGAUUUCAGUGUGUGGAGUAUAUUAAAAAAAUGCAUUGGCUUGGAAUUGUCGAAAAUCACAAUGCCUGUUGUCUUCAAUGAGCCAUUGAGCUUUCUUCAACGAAUUACUGAAUACAUGGAACAUAUAUACCUCAUUCAUAAAGCUUCUUCUCACACACAGUCCUUGGAAAGAAUGGCGGCUGUAGCUGCUUUUGCAGUUUCGGCUGUGGCUUCUCAGUGGGAGAGGACUGGUAAACCAUUUAACCCACUACUGGGGGAAACAUAUGAAUUAAUCAGGGAUGAUCUAGGAUUCAGAUUUAUAUCCGAACAGGUCAGCCACCACCCUCCCAUUAGUGCAUUUUAUUCAGAGGGUCUCAAUCAGGACUUUAUCUUUCAUGGCUCAAUCUAUCCCAAACUGAAGUUCUGGGGGAAAAGUGUAGAGGCAGAGCCCCGAGGAACAAUUACACUGGAGCUUCUCAAACACAACGAAGCCUACACAUGGACAAAUCCUACCUGCUGUGUACAUAAUAUAAUUAUUGGCAAAUUGUGGAUAGAACAGUAUGGAACAGUUGAAAUUUUAAAUCACAGAACUGGAGAUAAGUGUAUACUUAACUUUAAACCAUGUGGGCUGUUUGGGAAAGAACUUCAUAAAAUAGAAGGAUACAUUCAAGACAAAAGCAAAAAGAAGCUCUUUAUGAUAUAUGGCAAGUGGACGGAAUGUUUAUGGGGCAUAGAUGCUGUUUCCUAUGAGUCCUACAAAAAGCAUGAAAGGAGAGGUGACCACCAGAGAAAAUCAAAAUCGGAGGAUGAGCCUAAAACAUUUGAGCGUGAUGUGACUGAUAAUGUUCCUGAUAGCCAAGAUACAGUGCAAGUCAUACCUGGCAGUGAGCUCCUCUGGAGGAUAAACACAAGGCCUCCAAAUUCCUCUGAGAUGUAUAAUUUUACCAGAUUUACUGUGACCCUCAAUGAAUUAGAAAAGGGUAUGGAAAAGAUUUUACCUCCUACAGAUUGCCGCCUUCGUCCGGAUAUCAGAAGCAUGGAGAAUGGUGACAUGGAUUUAGCCAGUCAGGAGAAAGAAAGACUAGAAGAAAAGCAAAGACAAUCCCGGAAGGAUCGUGACAAAGAUGAGGAAGAAUGGAACACAAGGUGGUUUUAUCAAGGUGUUAACCCACAUACUGGAACUGCUGACUGGUUAUAUUCGGGUAGAUACUUUGACAGAAAUUUCUCAGACUGUCCUGAUAUAUACUGAACCAUUGGAACAGAUUCUUCAGGACAUGGGGACAUGGAGAGGUCACACUCUACUUCAAGCCAACUCUUCUGGUCUUGUUAAUAGCAGAAACCAGCUUUUGUAACAGCAGUUUUAAUGGAAAUAGCAUCAUUCACUGAUCAAGGAUUUAAUUCUUAUUAGUUUUUUGAUUGCCAAAAAAUUUAAUUGCUAUUGUGUUCUCUUCAUGAAGCUGCACUUGAAAUCAUCAAGUUUUCACUAAGUUUUAAAAAAAAAGGAAAAUUUUUUGUGAUUCCCUUUCAUGUGACAGAAAUUGACUGUGACCAGUUUAGUUUACAAGCACCCUCUUAACUCUUAACAGCAUUUAAAGAAGUAACAGGAAGACAUCCAUGUUUCUACUUGUAGUGAAGUAAAAAAAGGGUUUCUUCAAGUAUUCAGAAGUUGAACCAGUGACAAUAAGUAUGAGAGGAGAAGAGAUGGAUCUUGGAAACUAUCCUCAGAGGUAUAAAGAACUGAAGUAAAGAACUACUAUAAAAUGAUGGUGAUCCAGAGGUGAAUCUAUACAAAACACAGAAUGUCAGACUGAAUUGGAUAAAAAGCUGCCAAAUAACAUUUUAUUAUUUGGAGUUCCUGUAAACAUUACUUAAUAAAUACUGAUGACAAAACAACUGAUUUAUUAGCAUUUUGGUCACAAGCAAGGUAUGCAUUAAUCAAUAUCUAAGUACUAUCCAAAGUAAAACAUUACAGUCUAGAAUGAUAAAAAUGUUCAUAGAAACAUGAAAGAUAAACACCCAAGGCUGCUUUUAGUUAUGUGUGAAGUAAGUCAGGCCGGUAGAGUUUGGUACUAUUUAUACUGACUUUUCAUUCUGGAAAAAGCAUUUAAUGCCUCUAGUGUCUAGUCAGUUUUGAAAGCACUUCUUAUGUAUUCAUAGAAUCAUUGUGGUUUUUUUUUUCCCCUUGAUAUGCAUGUUCUAAAACAUUACUGAAUCACAUCUGAUUGUUGGAGGGCAAGGGGGUUGGGGAGGGCAGAAUUUAAUUCAAAUGGUAUAACUAGAAUUAUUUAAGAAAUAAUAGGUAUAAUAUCUGUCUUAAGCACAUGUGGUCAUCAAAGUGACUUAUUUUUCUUUGUGUAGAAGUGUCAAAGCCAUAUAAUGUCAGAGCUAUUUGAAUUGCAGAUCAAUUUAUUGUAUAUAUACACAUAUAUACAUAAUAUUAUUGAGUUAGGUUACAAAGUCAUACAUUUCUGAAGAAAAGGGAUUAUAGUUUUCUGUUUGGCUUGAAUAUUAUGUUUGCAAUUAAAACCCUUUUUAAAGCCAA